GUUACUGCUUUCCUAUUAUUUCUUUUUUUUUAUUUAUUAUGCUGUAUUAUAAUGUAUUCUAACAUUAUCGGACUGUUUGGGGUAUUACCGUUUAAAAUGAGAACUAAAAAGCGCACUCAAUUUAUUCGUAAAAAUGAGGUACUACAAAUGUUUAAGAACUUCUCUGAUGGUAAUAAAUAUAAUUUUUGCGAUUAUUGCAGUGAUCUACAUUAUUUGUAAUGCCAUAGUCAUCAAUCACUUAAAAUCGGAAGAAAGGCAUUCUCUCAUACUUUACAUUGUAUUGACUGUGUUGUGCGUGGCGUUUGUAAUGUUUCUAUAUGGCAUACUGGGACCAUUAUUAGAAAACACUUGUUUGACAUGGACUUAUACGGGAAAUAUGAUAGCGAUCUUAGUGUGUACUUGUCUCUUCUGGUUUGUGUUUGUAAUCAAUUUGGAUGAAAACAAAUAUUGCAAAAAUCAGCUCUAUCAAGAAUGGAAACGAGAGUUGAGAUGUGAAGACAGUAUGUUUUAUUAUCAAACCCGUUUAAAUUGUUGUGGAGUUCUAGGUCCCGAAGAUUACACGGCAGAAAAAAAAAGUAUUCCUGCAAGCUGUUAUUAUAAUUAUAAUACGAUAAAUGAAACAUUUUUAUUUGAGACUGGCUGCUUAGAGGAACUUACCAAUCAUUUUAAAUCAAUACAGUCCCGAUAUGGAUGGAUCAUGUUUUUCUCGGUUAUAAUUGAACUUAUUUGUAUUAUCAUAGGUGUACUAUUGGCACGGCAUUACCAACGCUAUUAUAGACCAGUGCAAAAUACUCCACGCUAAAUGCAUAUUUAUAUAUAUAUAUUGUGAAAUAUUUAAUGAAAAUAAUUUUUUUAUAAAAAAAGUGUUUUUAAAUGUUUUUGAUAACUUAUUGGAGUGUUGUGAAUGGUCUCAUUUAUGCCAUAAUUUUUCCAAAAAUCUUUACUUAUGGAAAUUAUAUUUUUUAUUAGCUAUAUUUAUAAUAAAAAGUUGAAAGUUA